AUGAUGCGUAACGAGGAAUCUAUGCAGAAGGGAAAGACUAUUUUUGCCUGGACUGUAGCCCUUAUCUUCAUUUUCCCAUUCUUUUCCAUUUACUCUCCCGAAUAG